UUUCGUGAACUUGCGAGUAUUUGCAUAACAAUGGCCGACGGAAAUGAGACUCCGAACCGUGUCAAAAGACUUUUUUCGUCUUUCCUAAGUUCUGUUUGCCAGCCAUCAACUGAAAACACACAAAUAACGUGCAAGGAAUCCAAGUCAAAAAGUGUUGAAGGCAGAGUGACAGAAUCAAGUGUGCCAGAUUCUAGAAAUAGACAGUUGUUUUAUAAACGUGUUUACACCUUUUCACCAUUAACAUGGUUUGCCAAGCCUUUAGAGUUGUCCCCCUUGGUAUGUGCGAGAUAUGGAUGGGAGAAUGUUAACUCUGAUAUGCUUCAGUGUGUAAACUGCAAAGCAUUUCUUUGUGGUAGACUUCCGAAAGGAGUAGACACUCUAGUAUACAGGGAGUGUUGCAAUAAGUUGAAGAAAAGUUUGAUAGACUCCCAUGAGAAGCUGUGUAAAUGGUCCUCCAGUCCCUGUCCAGAGUCAUUCCAAUAUGUUCCCUAUCAUGACAGGGAGGAGUUGCUGAAUAAUUUUUGGUUCAGAGUGACCUCCCUUCAGUGUGCCAGAAUUCCAUCUAUAUCAUACACAUCAAUGGAAGAGAAGGGAGUUUCAGAAGAGACCAUGCUUGCUUACACAAAAUCCAUCCAGUUGAACAGUACAGAUGAGAGGGAUGCUCCAGCAUCUGUCAUUGUGUGUGCUCUUUGUGGCUGGCUUUACAGUGAAUCUCAGGUAGGUAUUCUGCAGUGUAAUAUUUGUUGUCGAAAAAUUGGUCUUUGGAACUACAAAUUUGAAAGUGCAAAUGAAAAAACACAACAGUUACAAACAUCCCCAUCAACAUUGGCUUCGACAGAGAAAACUAGAGAAACUGGAAAAAGUUUAGAACAGAAGAUAAAUGGUGGUGAUAGUGCUGAUACACAAAAUGGGAUUCAUAAGGAAGAUUCAGAAAACAGUAAAGACAAUCAGAACACAGAACAUAUAAAUGGUAAUUCUGCAGAAACCAGUGAAAUAAAUGAUGCAGGAAAUACCAGAGAAAGUGCUAGUAUGAAGGAUGCAUGUGAGGAACCAGCAAGUAAAAGACCAAGACUGGAGAAACAAACAUUUGACCCUAUAGCAGAACAUAGGUAUUGGUGUCCAUGGUUACAAUCUGGCUCCCUGAAUUUGACUGUAAGAGAAGCAAGAAGCCAGGAUACUAGUCCAGUAGUUUCACCUGUGAAAUCACCAUCAGCCACUCCUAUAUCACCUGAUCAUGUAGAUCCGACUUGGUUGUUGGUCACAAAGAUUUUAUGUCACAAUGCUGAAGAUGAAGAUGACUUUUGCAGGCAGAUGAAGCAGAGCCCACAAGUUGAGGGAUUGCGUCAUUUGAGGAAGGUUCUGCGUCAGUGUACGUCUCCAACCAGUCCUACAAAAUUACCACAACCAUAAUUGUAUACCAGAUAGUAUCAACUCAGCAAUUUUGCAUAAUGAAAAGACUUACAAAAGUAUACAAAAACACAUCACUAGCUGCAACAAAUUAUCAGAGAACCAUGGACAUUGGUGUUUUCUGUGUUUCUGUGGUUAAACUGUGUGUACAUAUUGUAGUGAGGGACCUCUGUGGUUGAGUGAUCCAGGUCCCUGACUUUGAUCACAGGCCGCUUACUGCUGUUGUCGAGUGAUCCAGAGGUCGCUAACUGCUGUGAUCGAGUGAUCCAGGUCACAGGCCACUCACUACUGUGGUCGAGUGAUCCAGGUCACUGACUUUGAUCACAGACCGCUCACUGCUGUGGUCGAGUGAUCCAGGUCACUGACUUUGAUCACAGGCCGCUCACUGCUUUAGUGAGGGACCUCUGUGGUCGAGUGAUCCAGGUCACUGGAUUUGAUCACAGGCCACUCACUGCUGUGGUGAGGGACCUCUGGUCGAGUGAUCCAGGUCACUGACUUCGAUCACAGGCCGCUCACUGCUGUGGUGAGGGACCUCUGUGGUCGAGUGAUCCAGGUCACUGACUGAUCACAGGCCACUCACUGCUGUAGUGAGGGACCUCUGUGGUCGAGUGAUCCAGGUCACUGACAUUGAUCUCAGGCCACUCACUGCUGUGGGUUUGAAAUUCUGAAGAAAUUUUAAAAUCAGACCACUAUCAAAAAAAGAUAUUUAUGGCAUCUUUUACAUGCAUCUGAGUUAUUUUGCUUUUUUUAAGACCAACCCACUUAUCUCAGUAGGGAGAGAGUAGAUCUGAUCAGUCUGACCCCUGGUUGCAGCAUAUAUUCUCUGUGACAGUUCGACUGAAGUCUGUUAUCCUUCACCUCUGAUUAGCAGUUACUUGCAGAGAACAGGUUACCGGUAGUACUGGUACAGAAUUCAAGAACACUGGUCAGGUUAACUGCCCUCAGUUACAUAGUUGAAAUACUAUAAUUGAAAAACGGCACUAAACCUGAUGCAAAGCAAAAUUAAUGCCCUUUUAAUUAAGAUUCUUGAGAGUAGGAUGUUAAGCAUAGCAAUUUCUAAAGAUUUAGCUGAAAAAAGUAGAGAAAUUAUUUUUCAGAAUUAAGGCAAUGCAAUUGAAUCAAACGUUUUGUUUUAUAAUGCAAUAGAAACAGCUGCUACCAUUUUGAUCAAAUACUCAAACAUAUCUCUCUCAUUUAUAAGCUGAUUCUGACGGUUCUUUCACAGCCUUUAAAGAAAACCUAACAGACAGAAGUAUUAUUUGAAGAUGUUGCUGUGGUACUGUGAAAAUUAUUUAGUUUAUACUAAUUAAUUAUAGCUCAAUUGUAAUGAAGGCUUCAACCUUAUUUGAACAACUCUUCAGUCCACUUCCUAGAAAAACCACUACUGGUGUCAUAUAUAUGUAAGGUGUGGUCAUGACAAGUUAAGCUGGAACCCACGACCCCUGGGUUGAGCGGCAGUCACCUUAACCACUAGACCACCCCUCCCGAUGAAAUUUAUUUGAUUUUAUGGUUUUUGCAAGAAAAAAAUUCAUGGGGGCAGGAACUAGUUGCUUUCAUAGUUUAAAAAUUAUGCUAAUUGUCUUCACUGGGAUUUAAUUUCAUGUGUCGGUGCAACUAUAAAAAUUGGUCCCCAACAAAUAACAGAUUGUACAGUGUAAUGUAUGAAAAAAAAACACUUUCAAAGUGGCUUAUUCACAUUUUAGGGAAAAUGAGGUAUUUUCAAAAAACUAUUGCGACUUUAGUUAUGUUCUUGCUAGUCAUAACGGUGAUAUACAAAAACCAUGUUUUAAAGGGUUUGAAACAUGUACAAUACUUUUGAAAUAAUGAAAUCAACAUGCAUUUCCGAUUUUGCAAAUAUUUGCUAGUCAAUUACACAUAUUUUUAUGUCUUCAACAUUGAUAAGACAUUUUAUAUUAUACUAUAUGUAAAAUAAGAAAUGUAGUCUCCCGGUCUACGUUGAUUUUUUAAAAAUGUUGCAAAAUAUAUGUUAUUUCUAGCACAAUUUAAAAUGAAAAUUCUGUAUAUUGUGAACCAUUACCAGUAAUGUUGUUAUGGGGAUGGGGGAGGGAGUGGGGCUUAUACUUCUGUGGGUAAUAUGGUUGCAUCAAACCAAGAAAUUCAAUUUCUUUUUCGAAUUAUAUCCCCAUGAUAUACAGUAGACAUUUAAGCCAAAAUCGUACAAUUUCUUACCCAUGAAAUUAAAUGAUUCAACAGUUUGUCAUAUACACAUCCAUACACACACUGCUGUAGGGUUAAGUUAUGGUUUAUGGGGUCUGCAUUCUGGGGAUAUGGCUUUUCCUAUUGGAUUUUUGUCUUUUUUUUUCAUUCAGUACAUUUAAAAUGUGUAAGAAAAUAAAACUGAACUCUGUAUUGUAGUCUCGGACUUUGUCUUUUCUUUUUGUUUGGAAAUUCUGUGUUAACUUCUGUUGCAAUAUAUUUUAGAAAAAAAAUCUUGUUUCUGCA